AUGGCCUCCGCGUUCAAGUCGCUCGUCUCCAGCGCCAAGAAGCUCGCCCUCGGCACCACCCACGGCGUGCCCGCGCAGGAGCUGUUCCCCAAGACGGACCCGGCCGUCGACGGCGAUGACUGCGACCACGACUGCGAGAGCUGCCACGUCAAGUACCCCAAGGGCUUCAACAUUGACGAAACAGACGAGCUGUAUGGCCACGUCAAGGGGUGGAGCACCCACGCCCUCGUUGCGACGGGCAAGAGCGACUGGGUGAGGGACGUCGCCGACGAGAAGGGCAGCGUAAUGGAGGCCGUUGGCAAGGCUGCUGCGCCGAGCAAUGGAAAACUGAUGCUGUCCGCUUCCAACAUUCCGACCCCGACACACUCGAGCGACUACUCCGAACCUACGACCGUCCUCCUCCUCCCCGCCUUCGUCAUCAUCGACCACGUCACUCCGCAGCGCGUCCCCGAGCUGAUCACCGAGUUCGUCGACAAAGCACCGACAAACACCUCACCCCUCGCGCCCCUCACCCUCCCCACGUCCGUACCCGCGCCGACACCUUCCGGCGCACCAAGUAUACCCCCCGCGAUCUCCCGCCGCCCGUGCCCGCACAGCGCCAUCAUCCUCCUCUGCUCGCAAAGGACGCGCGACGCCCGCUGUGGACAGUCGGCGCCGCUGCUGCGCAAAGAGCUGGAGCGCCACCUGCGGCCUCUGGGCCUGUUUCGCGAUCUGGACGACGAGCGACCCGGCGGCGUGGGCAUCUACUUCAUCUCGCACGUUGGCGGGCACAAGUAUAGUGCCAACGUCAUGGUCUACCGUCGCCCGGACGCCUUCGGGCUCGACAAUGUGGAACGUGCCAAGGUCACCGCCGAAGAUGAGCUGAGGCCUAAGGCGAGGACGGCGGCGCUGCCCGAGACGGAGGACGUGGGCGCCGCGCAGUGCAUCUGGCUGGCGAGGAUCAAGCCCGAGGACUGCGAAAACCUGGUGCGGUAUACGGUCCUGCAGGGCAAGCUGGUCAAGCCCGAGACGCAGCUGCGUGGCGGUUUUGACCGCGCGAAGGGGAUGAUGAGCUGGUGA